ACUGCAAGCAGAGCACAUCGUUAAGAAGCAAUUACACAGACGUCUGUUUAAUUUUUAUUAUUACUUUUAAAAUUCAUCGACCGUUUAAAAUCAAUUAAAAUUCGAUUUGCGGAAAAAAGACCGAUCAACGCCUUCAAAUUGAAAAAUUCGAAAAUUAAACGAAAAAAAAAACGAUCACUCCGUAUAUAUUUAUUUUGAAUCGUUCAGGCAACAUACACAGAGUGAAUAACAAAAAUAUAACUGUUAACUUGAAAUAUUGCAAUCGUAUUCAAUUCCAAUUGCAUUCGUUCGCGUUAACGUCUGCCGUAUUCAAAACGGAGCGAUUGAGUGUUGAUUCCAUUACGACCACACUUGAAGUUUGUGUGUACUGCGACCAUUUCAACAUUACCGAAUCAAAACUAACAUAUCGACAUACAAAAUCUCAAUUUGUCAACAAAAUACGAACAAUUUCAAUAAUAUUCGAAAAUUGAAAAAAAAUUCCACAUAGAGUGAGUAGUUGCUACUGCGGCGCGACGACAGUCAAAUAACGAGUAUAUCACACAGUCAGCGCGGUCCAUGUGAAUUGUCGGUGUCGCUCUGUGGAGCGCGCGCCCUGUACCAUUGUGUGAGUGUUGCACAGUGUGACAGUAUCACAUCCAAUCUUAUGAAUUGAGUGUAGAUGUGUUUGUGUGUGUGUACGAUUACCGAGAAUGGAACAUUGAUAGAGCGCUUUACAUCACUUGGCUCGCAUACCGUGUGUGAAUGUUCGCACGACCAGAAGCAACGGAGAGGCGAGCAACAGUACAACAAGCAACAGAAUUCUUCUCUUGUGUGGAACCGAAUAAACAAGAAGAAGAGGAAGAAAAAAAAUAAUACACAGUGUCUUCUCUACUUUCUAUUAGUAGUGUAAUAUCAUUCAGUGAGUGCGAGAGUUGAGCACAGUGCAGUGUGUAUGAGUGUAUAUGUGUAUAUGUGUGUGAACUAUUCUAUACAAUAUAUACUGAAUAUGCUCAAGGUGUUUCACAUAGAACAGAGUAUUAGCAAAAAUUUAACCAAAGCUAAUUCAUCGAUGUAUAUGACAAUUCUUACGUUCGGGUUCGGCUCUUAAACACCGUUUUCAAAUAAUUAAUUUCAUCAUUUUUUUUAUACACAACAAAAAUUGUUUAUUCAUUUACGCGAUAAUGGAAAUACAAAAAACCCCAUCGAAACUAUUCACAUUGUCAUCGAUCGAUUUAAAGGAUGAGAUUGAAGAGAAAUACGAACGCUCAUAUCAACACAUACAACAGUUAACAGCAACUCUAAGCGAUAAGGAAUAUCAUGAUUUACUCAGUAACCUUAUAUGUAAAGAAAAAAGCCACGAAGAAGUGUCACUUGCGUUAAUUUAUCAAAUAUUAACCGAUCCAAAUGCAGCACCAAAAACCUACCGUGAUUUAACAUUGCUCAAUCGUGAUGGUUUGGCAUUUGUAACAAACAGUCUAUCAUUAUUGGUUAGCGAAAAAUAUACAAAAUUUUCGGAAAUUGCCCGACGUCAAUUGUUAUGGUUGUUACGUGAAAUGGUAAAAAAUCAAAUAUCAAAUGCGGAUAGUGUUGUAUGGAAUGUGCUGCGACAGGCGGGCGGUGGUGAUUUAUCACAAAAGAAUUUAGCUUUAAUUGAUGGCUUAUUGGACAUUCUAACUGAGCAUCGUCAAUGGUUGGAUAAGCAUCCAUUUUUGAUAAGUGCCGUUGUCUAUACAUAUGUACGCUUAAUUGAGGACCAUCACAGCAAUGGGCUGGCCAAUUUACGAAACAAAGAGGUGAAAUUUGUCAUUGCAUUGAUACGUGAUCGUUUCAAUGAGGUGGUGACAAUUGGACGUGAUUUUGUACGUUUAUUACAAAAUGUGGCACGUAUUCCGGAAUUUGAGCAAUUAUGGAAAGAUAUUUUACUGAAUCCAAAGACUUUAUCGCCAACAUUUACGGGCAUCUGGCAAUUUCUACAAAUUAGAACAAGUCGACGUUAUUUACAAUGUCGUCUCACCCCGGACAUCGAACGGAAAUUAAUUUUUUUAACGAAUAACGUAAAAUUUGGACAGCACAAACGUCAUCAGGACUGGUUUCAAGACAAAUAUUUUACAACACCCGAAUCUCAAAGUCUGCGCUCCGAUUUAAUUCGAUUUAUUAUCAAUGUGAUUCAUCCGACCAAUGAUAUGCUUUGUUCCGACAUUACACCACGAUGGGCGAUUAUCGGUUGGCUGUUGACCUCAUGUACAAAUCCAAUUGUAUUGGCAAAUGCAAAAUUGGCACUUUUCUACGAUUGGCUAUUUUUUGAUCCGCAAAAAGACAAUAUCAUGAAUGUGGAACCGGGUAUUUUGGUUAUGUACCAUUCGAUACGAACGCAUCCAUUUGUUAGUAGCUCAUUGUUGGACUUUUUGUGUCGAAUCAUUAAAAACUUUUCACCAAAACAUGAAGACAAAAUUCGAACGGGCGUUUAUAAUUCGCUACGGAAAAUUCUCGAAAAACAGGUCAUACCAAAUCUUCAGCCAUUAUUCGAAUCACCGAAACUGGAUCGUGAAUUAAAGACUUUGGUGCGUGAUACUUUCCGUGAAUUUUGCAGUGGACCUCAACCGAGUGAAUUUCCCGCCGAUAUUCCAAAUCAACUUAAUAAUAUUGGCGGUAUCGGUGGCAUUGGUCUUGGUCUUGGUAUUGAAGAUGGUCGACCGGCAAUUAAUAGUUUUGGCAAUGAAAAUGAUGCACGCCCGCCGCUUAACCGAGUGGACAGUUCGAGUGACAACGAAGUUGAAGGCAAAUUUAGUGAUGACGAAGACGAAAAAGAAAGCGCAAUCAAACAAGAAGAAACCGACGAUGAUGACGAUUUGCCAUUGUCAAAGGUGCGACUUAAAGAGAAACCGACACCAGAGAAAGUGCAAUUACCCGCAGCGAUAAAUACAUCAUUUGAUAAAUUUAUGAAAUCAAAAACCAACAGUACCUUUGAAGUAUUCUUAAAUGAUUUGCGAACGUGUACGAGUAGUUUGGACAACGAACAAGAAACCUAUUUGGUGGAUACAUUGGCGACAACGAUAAAAGAUACAUUGCCACCGUUGUCGAAUGUGUUUCCCGAAUCGAAGAGCGAUGAAAAAGUACUAGCCCAAUCGAUUGGCUAUCCAUUGUUUAGCCUAUUUAAAGUGAUGUACCAGUAUGAGGAAAAAUGCAAAAAAUGUUUCAAUAAUAUCAUAAAAUUAGUUACAAAUAAAUUACCGAUGAUUGGAUUUACGUUGCUGUAUUUCCUAAAAGUGCACACCAAACUGCAAUCACGAAAGAAUCCAAACAGUAAUGUUGCAUUCAAAGUUAGCCUAUAUAAAACAUUAUGUGAUUAUUUAGAUGAAAAACUGGACGACCAGUUGGUUAAAGAUUUGGAAUCGCUUGAAAUUGAACGAACUAGCAUUUUUUUAUGGAUACUGCCCGACAUUUUUCGUGAAUUCAAUUCAAUCAUGGUUAACAAUAAGGAUGUAUUGAAAUUGUUGGUCAGUUGCAUUGAUUCAAAGAAUCAGCGUGAUAUUAUCUAUAGCAUAACGCAGGGAAAAUUGACCAUAUUCAAAAAUGAUGGUGUACUGGAAUGUGUACGUGAAAGUCUCAACUACGAAACAUUUGAGCAAUUAUUUUUGUGGCAGUUAGUACAAGCUCACGAUGUGCCUAUUGAAUCAUUGCAGGAACUUUUGCCUGAAUUAGAAUCAUCGAAUCAUUCGGAAGCCUUGACAUAUAUGCUACUUUUAUUGCGAAAUGAAGAACCAACAACAGAAUUGAUUCGAUUGCUAUUGUGUCGAGAGGCGAAAUCACGUGGUGAUCCAUUCGUGACCUCAGUACUUAGAUCUUGGUGUCAAGAUUUUGAGGAGAAGCUAUCGGAAAUUAUUGCCAAUUUGUUAAUAUCGAAAUACCAAAAUAGUUCACCAAAUAAGCGAAAACGUUCGUUGAAAAAUAAUUCAACACAAAAUACGGCGCCAACAUCCGAUCAGCUGCUAUGUCAUUUGGAACAUUUUCGGCGAAGUUGUCGUCAUGGCAACGGCACUGGAACCGGAUUAUACGUACAAGAUGCUAUGCAACGUGCGUUACAACAGGCUUUCUCCAACAGCAGUGACAGCACAAAGAAACAAUAUACGGAUUUGUUUGCAUUGGCGGCGGAGGAUGAUACAAGUGGUGUGGGUCGUCGUGGUACAAGUGGUAGAGGACGAAAACCACCACCAGCCAAAAAAGAGACAAAUAGCACAAACAGCAGCAACAAAAAGAAUUUAGAGCCCGUAUAUAAUUCCAGUGAUGAAUCGAGCGACGGAGAUUGGUCGAAACCGAGAAGCGGUAAACGGCGAAAAAGAGCCUUGAGUGAUUCAGACUGACAGACCAAUUUGAAUAUCGAAUGUGCAUACAUUAUGAUCAAGAACUAAAGCAAUUGCAUGCUAUUUUUUAGUGUCGGAGUCAACAUUCAUGUUCCAGAGAAUGCAGCAUACAUUCACACCCACACAUACAUACGACAUACAUUACAUCUGCUUGCCAAGAAGUAUUGAAUCAUUUGUUUUUCUCUCUCUCUCUCUAUUUAGUAAAUCCGAUCUGUACGUGUGCGUGUGUGUGUUUUCAUCCAAAAUAUUUGUUGUCGACCAAAU